GAACGGCGAUAAUCGGAGAAAAAAUUCCUCCAUGGAAACCCCCACCCCUAGCACGAGCGCAUCGUCCACAGACCCGGCGACGCCGGUGUCGAAGCUUCUCAGCUCAUCCUACCGCCGCCCCUCUUCCUCCCGCACAAUCUACAGCGAUCGAUUCAUCCCGAGCAGAUCCUCCUCCAAUUUUGCCCUCUUCAAUCUGCCCAAUUCCAAUCCCGGCGCAUCUACCGACGAUUCGCAUUCCGCCUACACUAAUCUCUUAAAGUCCGCCCUUUUCGGACCCGAAUGUGUCGGUGGUGGUAAUGGGUUUCAGCCGUUGACUCCGGAGAAGUCCUCCUCCGGCGGGAGAUUCGGCACUCGGAAUAGCGAUGGUAGUAAUUUGCUGAUUAGUCCUCCUAAUUGCAAUAUAUUCAAGUACAAGACUGAAACAAGGAAAUCUUUGCAUUCUCUUUCGCCGUUUGGGUAUGAUGAUCCACUCCCCGGCGUAUCCCACAGCCCUGUUAAAGCUCCCAGAAAAAUUCCAAGGUCUCCUUACAAGGUUUUGGAUGCACCGGCAUUGCAAGAUGACUUUUAUCUAAACCUCGUGGACUGGUCUCCGAAUAACGUGCUGGCAGUGGGGCUCGGCACAUGUGUAUAUCUGUGGCAUGCUUCGAGCAGCAAGGUGGUGAAAUUGUGCGAUUUAGGAUUCGAUGACAGUGUCUGCUCUGUUGGCUGGGCACAACACGGUACGAAUCUGGCUGUCGGAACUAGCAACGGCAAAGUCCAAUUAUGGGAUGCCGCUCGAUGCAAGAGAGUUAAAACUUUGGAGGGACAUAGGCUGAGAGUUGGUUCCCUCGCAUGGAGUUCGUCUUUAUUAUCUUCCGGAAGCCGGGACAAAACUAUUCUUCAACGAGAUUUACGAACUCCAGAUGAUUAUGUCAGCAAAUUGACUGGACACAAAUCAGAGGUUUGUGGAUUGAAGUGGUCGUACGACAACCGAGAGUUAGCAUCCGGUGGAAAUGACAACAAACUUUUUGU